AUGGCGCCUCAGCGGAGGGGCGCGCCCAAGGCGCCCGAAGGCAGCGGGACGGCCGAGCGCAGACGCCCGAGCAGCAUGAAGAGCGCCCGGGCGCCUCGGGAGGUGCGGAGGAGGUGGCUGCGGGCCGCCGCCCUGGGCGCCGGGGCCGCGCUGGCCGCCGCGCUCCUGCUCUGGGGCAGCCUCGCGGGCGAGGACGGCAUCACCGAGGUCCUGGCUCACCGAGGCGAGGUCCUGCCCGGCCGGUUCAUUGAGGUGCCCUGCUCCGAGGACUACAACAGUCACCGGAGAUUUGAAGGCUGCUCCCCUAUCAAGUGUGGCCGGGGCGUCAGCGAUGCUGUCAUCACCAGGGAGGAGGCCCGGCGGGUCCGCAGCAUAGCGGAGAAGGGGCUCUCCCUGGGAGGAUCUGACGGAGGGGCGUCCAUCUUGGACUUGCACUCGGGCGCGCUGUCGGUGGGGAAGCACUUUGUGAACCUGUACAGGUACUUCGGGGAUAACGUGGAGAACAUCUUCUCCGAAGAGGACUUCCGGGUGUACCGGGACGUGCGGCAGAAGGUCCAGCUCGCCAUCGCCCGGGCCUUCGGCAUCAGCGCGUCCUCGCUGUACCUGACGAAGCCCACCUUCUUCUCCCGCAUCAACAGCACGGAGGCCCGCACCGCCCACGACGAGUACUGGCACGCGCACGUGGACAAGGUGACCUACGGCUCCUUCGACUACACCUCGCUGCUGUACCUCUCCGACUACCUGGAGGACUUCGGCGGGGGCCGCUUCGUGUUCAUGGAGGAGGGCGCCAACCGGACGGUGGAGCCCAGAGCAGGCCGCGUGUCCUUCUUCACCUCGGGGUCCGAGAACCUGCACCGAGUGGAGAGGGUGCGCUGGGGCACCCGCUACGCUGUCACCAUCGCCUUCACCUGCAACCCCGACCACAGCAUCGCCGACCCGGCCUUCACGUAG